GAGUGUCGAAAUUGCGUCGUUGGACUGCAGGAGUCCAAAAAGAACGAGACCGUACAUCUCCCCAACGGUGGGGAUCCACAUCCACCUUGGCGAGAUAGGGUGGGGGGUAGAAAGCCAAAGAGGGGGGAAAAUCUUAUGGUGCGCCAGCCUGCAAGGAAUCCGAUUGAAUGGCUUGCUUUCGUGGCGCCCGUACGGAUACACAAUCUUGAAAAUCUGCAAGAAACAAGGGAAUAA